UAACAACAAUAGCGAUGGCGAGUUGAUGAGAGCUUCUGAUCUUGAUCACAUUUCUAGACAGACAGGAGUAGAAUCUCGGUGCGGAGAGCAGACUUUGCGUUUCAGCGAUGGAUGCCACGGGACGUCCUGCUGUUAUCAUCGACAAUGGCACUGGGUAUACGAAGGUGGGAUUUGCAGGGAAUGUGGAACCUUGUUUUAUCAUUCCUACGGUGGUGGCAGUCAAUGAGUCAUUUUUGGGUCAAUCGGCUCCAAAGAUUGGCACAGCUGCUUAUCACAACGCCGGAGUAAUGGCUGAUCUGGAUUUCUUCAUUGGUGAAGAGGCUCUUGCAAAACAACACGCGAGUGCGUAUUCUCUCAGUUAUCCUAUUCGUCAAGGCCAGAUUGAGAACUGGGAUACUAUGGAGCGAUUCUGGCAGCAGUGCCUUUUUAAUUAUUUGCGAUGCGACCCCGAGGAUCAUUACAUGCUGCUUACUGAGAGCCCUUUGACUGCACCAGAGAAUCGCGAAUACAUGGGAGAAAUCAUGUUCGAGACUUUCAACGUGCCAGGAUUGUAUAUUGCAACUCAAGCAGUCUUAGCCUUAGCAGCUGGCUACACAAGUUCCAAGUUGGAAAUGACGGGGGUGGUGGUGGAUGCUGGGGAUGGCAUGACUCAUGUUGUUCCAGUAUCGGACGGAUAUAUCAUUGGCAGCAGUAUCAAAUCGAUUCCUGUGGCAGGCCGGGAUCUCUCUAAUUUUGUCCAACAGCUGAUGCGAGACCAGUAUGAACCUGUGCCUCCUGAGGAUUCAUUAGAUGUGUCUAGAAGGAUAAAGGAGAUGUACUGCUACACAUGUGCUGAUAUCGUGAAGGAGUUCGGUAAGCAUGACAAGGAACCUGCUAAAUACGUCAAGCAAUGGAAAGGAAACAACUCAAAGACUGGAGCACCGUUUUCUUGUGAAAUUGGAUACGAAAGAUUCUUGGCUCCAGAGAUUGAGGUGUUUUUCUCUCCGGAGAUUUACAGCAGUGACUUCACAACUCCUUUGCCAGAGAUUGUUGACAACUGCAUACAGUCAGCUCCUAUAGAUAGUCGUCGUGCCCUAUAUAAGAAUAUUGUUCUUUCUGGAGGUUCUACUAUGUUCAAAGAUUUUCAAAGAAGGUUAGAUCGAGAUAUUAAGAAACGUGUAGAUGCACGAGUAUCAGCUUCAGAGAGCAAAAGUGGGAGUGGUCAGAGAGCUCAAGCAGUCGAAGUUAAUGUAGUGGGCCAUCCCAUGCAACGGUUUGCGGUCUGGUUUGGAGGCUCUCUUCUGGCGUCUACCCCUGAUUUUUACAAUGCUUGCCAUACGAAAGCUGAAUAUGCAGAAUACGGUUCCAGUAUGUGCCGCCUCAAUCCUGUCUUUAAGGUGUGACAGGUUUAUCGAGGCUUAAAUCUCCCUGAUCAGGGAUUCAAUUCCGAGCUGUUACUGCGAGGGAUUUUGUAGUAACAUACGUUCUCAACCCUCCACUAAUAAACCAAGAGUGCUGAGAGGAAGUGUUUGCUCUUGAGCAUUUCCUCUGCAACAUAUGAAAUUACUAUUACAGGCAUUAGGCUGUGCAUGCCUACCGAAGUGCGUAGUUGUGGGUGUAGAAAAGAUGAAGUUCAAUGCAGUUGUUUUUAGCUCUGUAGAAGUGAUCUCCUUUGUUGUAGGUCUUUCAAAGUCUUGCGAAAUCAAGACUUUAGUAUAUGUUAUAUGCAGGGAUCUAAGUGCAAUCGUAAUUUGUCAUUGCAGCAGAUCCUGUAUAUGACACAAUACUAACUGUUAUGAAUAUUUUAAGCUUGUGAACUCCACCAGUACAAUUUUUUUGAAUUGGUAAUGUAAUUAGUUAAGCAGCUGAAA